AUGGUUAUAGAAUUAACUAAAAAUGGUGAUUUUAUAAUAUCAGGCAAUUUAGAUCUUAUAAAAAUAUAAGAAUAUAAUUAUAAGAGUGAAGAUAAAAAUGAAUAUAACAUUAAAGAGGCUGAAAGAUUAUUAAAUCAAGGUAUAACACAAUGAAUUAUAAAUUAGGAGUGGCAUCAUAUAAUUUGUAUAAAUAUAAAGAAGCCAUUGAAUGCUACGACAAAGCAAUUUCCAUUAAUCCAAAAUAUGAUGCUGCGUGGAGUCAAAAGGGUAAAUUAUAUUAUAUUUCAGGUUAUGCCUUACAUUAACUAUAGAAAUAUAAUGAUGCAAUCUCAUGUUACGAUCAAGCUCUUUCUAUACAUAUUAAUACUCUAAGAUUAUAACGAAAAGGUUUAAAACUAAUAUAGAUAUUUGGCUGA